CCAUAACACUCCCAUCUUCAACAACUCUCAACUUUUAUUUUUUCAAGCCAUUUGCCACUUCUCACAAACAACUGUCAUACUUGAAUCAUCAUGGCCCCUGUCAAGAAGACUGCUGCUCCUCCCAGGAAGGCUACUACUCACCCAACUUUCCUCUCUAUGAUCCAAGAAUGCAUCGCCCAGAACAAAGGGGAUGCUCGAAAAGGUGUCUCUCGACCUACUAUCAAGAAAUUCCUCGCCGACAAGUACAAACUCGACAUGAGCUCCGCUGCCAACAUCAGCAACUUAUCGAACGCCAUCAAGCGGGGUGCUGAAAAGGGCCAGCUUACUCUUCCUAGUGGGAUUGCUGGUCGAGUGAAGGCCGGUGCCAAAAAGCCUGCUCUUGUUCACAAGAAGUCGUCUGCUGGCAAGGAGAACGUUGCUCCUAAGAAAGCUGCAAGUACCGAGACUAGAAAGCACGCAGUUAGGAAGGGUGUUACUGCUCCCGCUGCCAUCAAGGCCGUUCCCACGAAGAAGCCUGUGGUGAAGAAGGUCGCUCCUGCUGUCAAAAAGACUUCCGCCUCUAAGAAAGUUCAUACGCCCAAGGGCGCUGUUGUUGUCCCUGAAAAGGCCGCCCCUAGGAAGAAGGCUGCUCCCAAGAAGGCAGCCGCCUAAAGGAUUGGACAGAUCACUACGGUAAUAGCAUGAUAUCUGUACUAUAAUACAUUCUCCAAUUUAGUUGUCCGUAAUUAUUUUUUCUGAGUAUCUUCGUUUUUGCCUUCUCGUUCAUAGCUUUGAGUGUAUUGUAUGCAA